GGGAAAGGGGACCAUGAGGCGCGGGGAAAGAGAGGGCACAGGAGGAGAAAGAGGAGGGCGAAUACCAUGGAGGAGGGCAGGGAUCCAGCGAUCGGGAGGCAGAACGAUGAGGAGGAUGAGACAGAGGCGGAGGCAGAGGAGGAGGAGGAGGAGGAGGAAGGAAUUGACAUAAUGCCAAGAAGAAGGCCAAUGUGGGUGGGAGGACAGGGACGUAAGGCAGAAGAGGGAGGAGAGGGAGGACGAGAGGGAGGAGGAGAGGGAGAAGAGGGAGACAGAGAACAACGAGGAGGAAUGAAGAACGAGGACGUGAGAAAAAACGAUGAGGAGAAGGGAAGGUGGGACGAGAUGAGGAGGAAAGAUGGGAGUAGAGGAGGAGGAGGAGGGAAGGUAAUGACGACGGAGAAUGAGACAGAAAAGAUGGAGAACGAGGAGGAGGAGGAGAAGGAGGAAGAGGAGGAAAUGAGGGAGGAGGAGGAAGAUGAAGAAAGGAGGGAGAGGAGGAGGACGAGAAGGAGGAGGAGGAGGAGGAAGAGAAAGAGGAGAAAGAGGAGAAAGAGGAGAAAGAGAGAGUCGAAGAGGAGGGGAGGAGGAGGAGGAGAAGGAAAGCCCAGGGGAAGACGAGGAGGGGAAGGAGAAGGAGAAGGAGAAGGAGGAGAAGGUAAGGCCGGUGGAAGAGGGAAAGGUGGAGGAUGGUGCGUGGCCGUGGAACAGUGAAGGUUACCUACGCGUGAGGUGGACGAGGGACGUCAACAAACGACGAGUAGCACAACGGCAACUACACCGCGCGAGCGCGCUGAAGCAAAAAUCGGCGCCGACAAAAAGUGGCGAAAUGACAAACAAAAAAAUACGUCAUGU